AUGAGGACUAUAGGGAGGCCGAGGAGGGGGCAGCCGCUGGGGUAUAGAGCGAAUGGCGUGGCGGUGACGGCUGCGUCGCCUGAGGUUAUGGAUACGGGGAAUUUUGCUGGGAUUAUGGAUCAGUUUCUUGAUGAUUUGGGGACGCCGCUGCCGUCUUUUGACAUGGGCUUUUCGACAGAGCAGGAUAAUGUUCAGGGACAGGAAGCGUUGCCGUCGGAUUUGUUUAAUGGAGCGGCUAUGCAACAGGACCAGAACGGGGUGUACCCAGGAACCGCGGAAAAGGCGAUGGACAUGACGCCGACAUCUCAGAAUACCGAGAACAUAACGACAGCUGGACUCUCGUCUCAAAAAUGCUCCUGCAUCGAGCUGGUUAAUCAGCACUUCUCGGAUAUCGAGAGCUCGCUCGAGACAUUCCAGACCCUCAAAGUCUUGAAGCAGUCUCUCGCAUCAGCAAGGACCAUCCUUGAAUGCACAGUCUGCUUCCAAUCCAUCAAGAGCCCACGUACAUCACGGAAUGUCUAUCUGUUGGGCUCCCUUCUAUCCAGCAUUGGCUCCUCCUACGGCGACUUUUUCUACGCACAGAAGCAGCAAACCGCCGAGUCCUCGGUAUCCGGUACACCGAUCCGUCUUGUCGUCGGACAACAGCCAGAUGCUCAGGAUAUGGUUGAGCUUUCCCUCGAAGGACCAAGUUACAUCGCUUUUCUACAGGCAAGUCUGAAAGGGGAGUUGGAUUGUCUUGUGAAACUGGGUGAAGGGUUGGCGACGAGACAGAGUCAGCUCCAUACCGAAGGUCACGAGAACUGCGAGACGGGGACGAGCUGCUCGAAUACAGAGUCACUACCGACAACGAAACAUCCAACUGAGGUGUGUCCGAAGGAAGUUGACAUGACGACUGCUUGUGCAUGCUUCAGGACUGUAGACCAGGUCAAGGCUGCGAUAGCAGAGGCGCAAAGAAUCAUCUCGGCAUGA